AUGAUUCAUGAAGUCAUUAUUCCAAAUUCUCUUCUUCAAUCUUCAUUAUCUACUUGUGAAAAUGAAACUCAAUGUUUUAAUGUCGCGCAAGUUUUCUGUCAUCAUUGUCCGAAACAUUUAUGUCUUAAACAUCUUAUGGAUCAUAAUACUAUAAAUGUUACACGAGCAGAUGAAUUACUUGGUGAAAUUCAAAAUCAUACAGAAUUUCUUUCAAAUAUUAAUAUAGAAAAAUCAUUUGAAAAUGCUCGAAAUAAACUUGAUUUAUGGAAAAAUCAAAUAUUCAAUAAUAUUGAAAGUAUAUAUAAUUUCUAUUCAAAUGAAAUUCAUCGUUUAGAAAUAGAAUUAAAACAUCGUGUAAAUAAUUUUAAAAAUAGUUUUCAAUUAAAAAUGUUAUCUUUACAAACACAAUUAUUAUCAUUAAAAGAAGAUAUUGGAAUAUCUCAACAACAAUUAUCACCAAUUGAAUUGAAUUUAAAUCAACUUCAUCAAUGUCUUAAAUCAGUUAAAUGUGAUUUAUAUUUUGAUAUAAAAAAUAUUUCUUUUCAAAAUUUAAUUAAUGUAUAUAAUAUAUUUACAUACAAUCGUACAUUAUCAAGUUUGACUCAACUACAACCUUAUCGAACAAUAUCGGUUGACAAUAUAGAAAAAUUUAUUACAAGCAAGUCGAAUCAGUCUAUUUUAUGGUUAGAUACAAAAAAACAAUUACAUUAUAUUGAUGAAAAUUUUCAAGCUCAUCAAUUAACAAUACCGUAUAGAUCAUCAAUAUCUUCUAAUCAUCAAACAAGCAGAGUUAAUAUUAAUAUUAUCGAUAUAAAAUGGUGUCCAUUUGCAAAUGUAUAUUUAAUUCUUUUUCCACAAUAUCUACUUUCAUUCGAUGACAAAACAAACAAAUUCACAUCUAUUUCUAUUACUCGAUACAAAGAUUAUCCUUUUCAUUGUAUAUCGUGUUUAAAUGAUACAUCGAUUUAUAUCUCAUAUUGUACAUCUGGUAUGUAUAUUGAAUUAUGGAAAUAUUCUUGUACUAAUAGUAAUGAUAUUCAUAUGGAUGAAUGUAUUAAACAUUGGACUUGUUUAAGUAACGAUAAAACUGAAUGGAUAUCUCAUAUGAACACAAAUUCAAGUUUACAAAUAGGUUUACUUAUCCAUAGAGGAUCAUCAAUUUAUCGACGUUUUGAAUUACGUGAUGAACAUUUAAAUUUCUUAAAAAAAAUUCAAUUAGAUAAUGAUUAUAUUGAUGCAUUCUUUCCAUUUCAAUCAAACUAUUGGUUUAUAAAAAGUUUAUCUAAUAAAUAUUUUAUUUACUCAACAGAUACAAAUAUAUGUAAUUUAUCAACAUUUGAUUUUCCUUUUGGAUUGCAACAAUUCGGAGUUAAUUCAGUUGUUAUUAGUAAUGAUAAAGAAGAAUUAAUGAUAUGUGAUAUUUAA